UUUAGGCGGGAUGGGGAUUGUAAUUCUUUCUACUUCUCGGGGUAUAAUGACAGACCGGGAGGCUCGACUAGAAGGAAUCGGUGGAGAAAUUUUGUGUUCUAUAUGGUAAUCUGUCCGGUAUACGAAUUGUAUCCGAAACUCUCCAUUUGUGCAAAAAAAAAGAAAAAGCACGGGUUGUCUAAUAGAACUCCUCCUGCCCUACGGUAGUUGAUACGUCAAGGAAGUUUUACCUGGAAUAAAAGAACAAAAAAAUGGAUUCAUGAAGGUUUAAUUUAAUUAGUAAAUCACUCCCACUCUGGAUUCCUUUAGAUAAUGAAGAUCUGAUUUUAGGUUAUGUUUCGGGAGAGUUUUACCAACGUGGGAUAGAGUCAACAAAAGUGAAGUAAGUGCUUAUGAUUCAACCAGGGGGGCGUAUAAUUUAUAGACUUCGCAACAAGGAUUCGAACGAUUAGGUAGUUUUUUCAACUUCAAGAUUUCUUUCGGGGGGAUCCAAUUCAAAUUUCAAGAAACUUAUUUUCUUCCAAUAAGCGAAUUCGGAAAAAUUUAAGGAAUAACAACUAUGAAAAUAAGGGCUUCCGUUCGUAAAAUUUGUGAAAAAUGUCGCCUAAUCCGUAGGAGGGGACGAAUUAUCGUAAUUUGUUUUAACCCGAGACAUAAACAAAGACAAGGAUAAUCUUUCUAUUCUAAAAAGAACUCCUGAAAGAAAAGAAACUAAUCUUAAAGAAAGCGAUAAACAAAUAAAAAUAGAAGAUCUGUUUUGACAUGAAAUGGAUAUAUCCAUAUAUCUCUGACUUAUCUUUAUGAAAUGAUAAAAUAUGGCAAAACCUAUACCAAAAGUUGGUUCACGUAGGAAUGGGCGCAGUAGUGCACGGAAAAGUGCACGUAGAAUACCAAAAGGAGUUAUUCAUGUUCAAGCAAGUUUCAACAAUACCAUUGUUACUGUUACAGAUGUACGGGGUCGGGUAAUCUCUUGGUCCUCCGCCGGCACUUGUGGAUUCAAGGGUACAAGAAGGGGGACCCCUUUUGCUGCUCAAACCGCAGCGGGAAAUGCUAUUCGAGCAGUAGUAGACCAAGGUAUGCAACGAGCGGAAGUUAUGAUAAAGGGUCCUGGUCUCGGAAGAGAUGCAGCAUUACGAGCUAUUCGUAGAAGUGGUAUACUAUUAAGUUUCGUACGGAUGUAACCCUAUGCCACAUAAUGGCUGUAGACCUCCUAAAAAAGACGUGUAGAAAUAAACACUAAAGAGAUUUCAAGAGAAAUAAAUGAUUCAAUGAUCUGAUCAAAUAAAAUAAUAUUACUAUGGUUCGAGAGAAAGUAAAAGUCUCUACUUCGACUCGGACACGACAGUGGAAGUGUGUUGAAUCAAGAACAGAUAGUAAGCGCCUUUAUUAUGGACGCUUUAUUCUGUCUCCACUUAUGAAAGGCCAAGCCGACACAAUAGGCAUUGCGAUGCGAAGAGCUUUGCUUGGAGAACUAGAAGGAACAUGCAUUACACGUGCAAAAUCUGAGAAAAUACCCCACGAAUAUUCUACCAUAGUAGGUAUUCAAGAAUCAGUCCAUGAAAUUUUAAUGAAUUUGAAAGAAAUUGUAUUGAGAGGAAUUUGUAUGGAACUCGUAACGCCUUUAUUUGUGCCAAGGGUCCCGGAUAUGUAACUGCUCAAGACAUCAUCUUACCACCUUCUGUGGAAAUCGUUGAUAAUACACAGCAUGUAGCCAGCCUAACCGAACCAAUUGAUUUGUGUAUUGGAUUACAAAUCGAGAGAAAUAGAGGAUACGGUAUAAAAACGCCAAAGAACUUUCACGACGGAAGUUAUCCUAUAGAUGCUGUAUUCAUGCCUGUUCGAAAUGCGAAUCAUAGUAUUCAUUGUUAUGGGAAUGAUAAUGAAAAACAGGAGA